AUGUUGCCCAAGGUCAACUCUCAUUGUCUGAUUCCCAUCGCCCAUUUGGACGCUAUCGAGAAAGAGAGUCUCCCUCCCUCAGCAUACUUUCACGGCGUCAUCCGUAACGAGAUCGGGGUCUUCGUCGUCUUCAACGCGGACUCUCCCGCUCUUUUUGAUAUCCCUCGCCCCCAUAAAGACUCUGAUGCAUGUCCGGCACUAUACUCGACGAGCUGGGCUAGCUAUUCCCGUGCUUAUCUAUGCUGUGGACCACGUCGCCCGAUCUUCGACGGGGACCUUCUUUCCGUUCUCGACAUCGACUCCCGCUCCCUUCCGACGAGCAAAACCACGUCCUCGAGUGGAUCACAAUGGAGUCUCUCAUCUGAUCUCGUUGAGAAGUGGAGCGGUCUAGAAGGGUUUCUGUGCAAGGUCGUUACUGCUUUACGGUCCGAGGUGCAGGGACUUGUCCCAGCUGGGAUCGUAUUGCAUGCGAAGCCUGCUGCUCAUGGUUACUUGAACACAUAUGACGUUGAAGAAGACCUUCUCAGAGCCGUAUAUCACUCAAGAGACGUGUUCACCCCUCUUCUCGCUGCUAUUGCACUCCAUUUCGUUGCUUUGGAUGGAUCCAACCAGAACACGUCGUGGAGAACGAGACUCAUCCAGCAGCUCAAUCUUCAGCACAGACUGUUGGACUCGUUGGAGGAGUUGGUUCAACGAUUCCUCCGGCAUCCAGCUGGAAUGAUCUUGGACCUUACUCUCCAAAGUGUCCAAGAUGCCGACUGGCUCUUUGGUCUCCUGAUCAACGGAACCGCCGUCAUCAACCCCCAAUCUAUCUCUUCCUGGGCAAAGGCGAAGAAGCUGUGA